UCUACACUAUAUUGCCAAACGUAUUUGACUUGCCCUUCCAAUCAUGUGAUUCAGGUGUUCCAAUCCCCUCCAUGGACACAGGUGUAUACAAUCAAGCUCCUAGGCAUGCAGACUGCUUCUACAAACAUUGGUGAAAGAAUGGGUCGUUCUCAGGAGCUCAGUGACUCCAAGCGUGGUCCCGUGAUAGGUUGCCACCUGUGCAAUAAGUCCAUCCGUGACAUUUCCUGGCUACUAAAUAUUCCACGCUCAACUAAACGAUCCCCGCAUGCCCCAGUCAGAGCUGUAACCGGCGAAUCUCCUGCUGCUAAACUCUCCCAGACUGCUCGUGCAUUCCAUGUCACAUGACAGAGCGGGGUCAGCGCAUGCUGAAGCGCACAGUGAGCAGAAGUCGCCAACUGUCUACAGAGUCAAUAGCUAAAGACCUCCAAACUUGGUGUGGCCUUCAGAUGAGCCCAACAACAGUGCGUAGAGAGCUUCAUGGAAUGGGUUUCCAUGGCCGAGCAGCUGCAUCCAAGCCUUACACCAAGUGCAAUGCAAACCGUCGAAUGCCAUGGUGUAAAGCACGCCGCCACUGGACUCUAGAGCAGAGGAGAUGUGUUCUCUGGAGUGACCAAUCACGCUUCUCUGUCUGCCAAUCCGAUGGACUUGUCUGGGUUUGGCGGUGGCCAGGAGAACGGUACUUG